GGCCGCAGAAGAAGAAAAGGGGGCAGAAGGGCUCGUCCUCUGCGCUGACAGCCCGCCAUGCUCACUCUGCUGCGCCGCUGCGCUCACAGCCCACUGACGCCCCGCGCCGCCCUCACGCUGAACACGAGCUGCUACGCCACAGUGAUGGAGAAGCGCGUGGCCGUGGUCCUGGCGGGCUGCGGGGUCUAUGAUGGCAGUGAGGUUCACGAGGCCUCCGCUGUGCUGGUCCACCUGAGCAGGGGAGGCGCGAGUGUCAAAAUGUUCGCCCCCAACAUCGACCAGAUGCACGUUGUGAAUCACCUGAAGGGCGAGCCGUCCGAGGAGAGAAGGAACGUGUUGGUGGAGAGCGCGAGACUGGCCCGUGGAGACAUCCAGGACCUGGCUAAACUCAGCGUGAAAGACCACGACGCCAUCAUAUUCCCAGGUGGUUUCGGGGCGGCGAAGAACCUCUGCACGUGGGCCGUGCAGGGGAAGGACUGCGCCGUGAACGACGAGGUUAAGGCGGUGCUGCAGGCGUUCCACGGCGAGGGGAAGCCCAUCGGCCUCUGCUGCAUCUCGCCUGUCCUGGCGGCCAAGGUGUUUCCCGGCUGCGAGGUCACCGUCGGCAUCGAGAAGGACGACAAGUAUCCCGACACGGCCGACACCGCAGCGGCCAUCACGCAGCUGGGCUGCAAGCACGUGAGCAAGAGCGUCGGCGAGAGCCACGUGGACGAGAAGAACAAGCUGGUCACCACCGCCGCGUUCAUGUGUAACGCCCCGAUACACGAGAUCCACGACGGCAUCGGGGCGAUGGUGCAGGACGUGCUGAAACUCGCUUGAUUGGACCGAGACUCCUCAAACGCCCUCGACCGUAACCCCCUCAAUCGAAGCAACUUCCAGAAACAUGUUGGUAGUAGUGAUGUGCACUGCGUCAUCUGAAUUUAUUUAGGCAGAAAUCUUGGUCUGAGUAAAUCUCAGUGGCCUGUUUUCUAAUGACAAUCAGUAUCAGUGGUAUGGUCUAAAAGAAAUGCAAUAAAAUGUAGAAGUUGA